CCUCGGCCUCAGCAUAAACUCCAGAUUCAGUCUCGGCCACAAACUCUCAAGUCCUUCACUAGGACCAAACUUUCAGGACAUAGAAUUUUUGGGCAAUCGAAGUCCUGACCAGUCGACUUGAGGCUCGUCUGCGUAAAGUCAUCGCUGAAUAAGCGAGCCUCAUCUCACUCCAAAAACUCAAAAAUUUUAGUGAAACAAUUACAAAAGUGGUUAAUUAUCAAGAUAUUAUCAACGGACGAGGCAUACCAAACUGCACCAACAACAUAAACAACGUCAGCUAUGAUGAACCUGUCAGCUCACCUGCUUGUCAGCUUAGCGCUGCUAAUCAGCGUCUCAGCUCAAGUUGAUAUUGCUGACAUCGCUGUGUCAGCUCUGACGACGCCUGAGAGACUGACUAUCGGGGAGCACGCGUCGAGUAUCCUGCGCCUGGUGGAGGGCGGGGCAGCUGACGAGCUGCUGACGAAGGUGCAGCGUCUCUACGACCAGAGGGAGAGGCAGGGCACCGCAAGGGCGGGAGGCUUCGUAGCGCCGCCGUCGCGCUCGCCUGGCAAAAGGAACUCUGAGAUCAUCAACUCGCUUCUCGGGCUGCCCAAGUUUCUGCGAGGCUCUCUGCUCAGUGAUCAGAAGAACAAGAACAGUGACCGCUCGUAAGAAGCAUGACCACGAUGUUGCCAUCGGACGGAGCUGGAUUCUUUCUGCUCCUCGAUGGUUCAACGGCAUCGGCUGAUUAGUUUCUCUACAAUCUACGACAAUUAGGGUACCAAGCUGCGGUACGCGUGCCACCAUAGAUGUAGGCAAACACUUUCAGGAUCAUGAACGAUUUUUAGUUAUGUUGGUGUUAUUCGCUAAAAUUUUCACUACCUAACACGAGAGAAUCAAGAAGUGAUUAAACCCUGCUGCCGCACGUCACCCACCUGGCCCCAGCUGCCUGCCGUUAAAUUCAAAUGAUAAACUGAUACCACGAUCAUUUUACUAGCCUCUGAGUAAAUUAAAUAUUACUAAUGAUUCGUAAUAUCUGCUAAUAAGUUGUAUUAGUGCUCCGCGGGUUGUGCCUGGUGGUACGCGGUAAUUGAGUGAGAUCAACAAGUGGUAGCUGCGCGAUACCCUUAUUUCGGUUGACCCUGGACUAGAGUUCUUCUGAAUACAUUUAAUUAAGUCUUGUAGUAAUACGGGCAAGACGCAGCCAGAAGUAAUUAUGCAACGUAUGUGACAAUAGAUAAGCCAACAAUUUGCGUUCUCGCUUAUUCAA